CACACACACACACACAGCAUCCUCUUACUCUCUGCGAUGCAUCGGCCCCUUUCACUGCUUUUUCAAUCUGAUGAAUUCCCAACGGAUGGGAGAACACAUCACAUUUAAAGCAGUAACUUUGGACUCUUUGGACUUACCGUCAGUGGGAGAUUCACAUCAGAGCUUCUGGUUCAAACGUGGAACUCAGCUCCACGGGACUCGUGGAACGAAUGAUGAAGUCCCAACGAGGCAAGGCAACUAUGCUGCUGCCCAUCGCUCUCUGCCUCAGCCUGGCCCCUAUGUGUUUCGGAGCUGCAAUAUCUGUUUCAUGUGAUUCCAUCUACAAGAGUUUUGCUCAGUGUUUACUCACACUUGGAGACAGUUUGGUGGAAACACAAAAGGACCAGAGCACACAGGACAUUGAUGCAAUCUGCAGGUCCUGGAAUGCUUUCCAUGUUUGUGCCAACUCAGCCUUGGCCAGCUGCCCUGGAGACGCAGCAGCCGUCUGGGAGUCUUUAAGACAAGAGUCCAGGAAGACGCAGUUCUCUGGAAACCUCUACGACAUGUGUGCCAGCCGCACCACCCUCCCACCCAGCACUGUGCCUGCACCCCAGAGCCCUCCCACCUCCGACCAGACCAACCAGGAAACACUGAAAGGGCAAACAAACAAGCACAGCCCCACCUUCAGCACACUGAUGUUCCCUGUAUGCAGCACCUUACUACUGCUGCUCAGGAGUUAGUUAACCCAUCUAAAUCUUUUAAUCAGACAGGUCGUCCGUGUCCUCCUCCCCCCCAUAUGAUCCAAACACAUGAGGGAAAACACUCUUCACAAGUCAGGCUCAUCAUGAUUACAUAUUGAUCCUAAAAUAAGGAGUUAAAUAAUGGAUCAAAAUGAAACAUUUGUUUCAGUGUUUCCGACCUGGAGCGUCAAUUUAGGCAUUAAAUAAAUAACAAUAUGUUGAGAUUAUCACAUGCCUUGCUCUUAGAAGGAAGUUGACAAAGAAGUUACUUUCAUUCUGACAUACAUCUUUAAAUGAAGCACACUGGUAGCUGUCACUUAAGCUGAGUGGAUGAUUGAUUGUGAUUAAAUUCACAUUGUGUUCUUUUGCUUGGUCAUAUUUUAUAGGUUGGAGUGAGAAACAGUUAAUGUAGGGAGAGAAGAAAAAGACAACUCACUGAGAUCACUUAGCUGAAAGACAAAUCUCAGUUAAUUUAUAAGCUAUAUAACAUUUGUUGUAAACACUUGUAUUUGUUUUAUCACUACUGCGUCAGUAAUACUGCAUGAUAUUGUUUUUCAGGACAAAAGAGAUUUUAAGGGAUGGCAGGUGUUCAGAUGUGCUUGUGAUCCAAUCAGGCGUGAUCCAGAGUAGAUCAUUCUUACAGGGUGUAAAUCUGUGUUUGUGUGCAGUUUAAUUCAUCACCUUGUUUGACCAGUUUAAUAUCAGAAAAUUGAAAAUUAGAUUUCUGUGUGGGUGCAUCACACAGAUUCACUGCAAACAGUGUGUGCAUGAUGUUGCAAAAUGACAUCACUUGUUUAAACCGUGUCAUUUCAUUGGACCCCUUUCAGUGGUUUUCCAUUGCUUCUUUAAUAUGUUAUGUAUGCUUUUUCUUUUCUGAACUGGCAUGUGCAGUAACGUUUCACUUCAAUCAAUUUAAUAAUUUUAUGCAUCCCCUGUUUGGCCAUUAAAAAUGAUACGUAACAGAGCACACACAAUAAAACACAUAGGAAUUAAUACAAUAUAAUACAAAAAUAAUUACAAAGUACAAGUACAAGUGCAUCCUUUGGAAAGAGGGAGAAAGUGUUUUCCAAGUUCCAUCCUUAUUACAUUAACAGUUGCUGUAAUGUUAUUUAAUGUUGUACAACUUUUCUUUGAUACUGAGCUGUUAUGCAAUCAUGCACUGCAUUUUAUUCACUGUUUUUCACAUUAACAAUGUAUUUACUGUAUUAUAUUCUGUUUUUGGUUAUUUGCAUUAUUCUAUUUUUCUCACAGCAGUCUAGAGUGGCACAUGCAACACAUAAAGAAAGAUAAAGAUAAAAGAUAAAGAUGCCUCUUUGUUUUACUCUGAUUCUUAACCCAACAAAAACUUAAAUGAAAAGAAUGCUGACAAACA